AUGACUUUGUAUUUGUAUUGGUCUGCGGCAUCAUUGACUGUCCUGGCUGCCACGGUAAGUAAUUCUUCAAGUCUAUUUGACGAACCGACCGUAAAAUUAUCCUGCAUCGUGCCUGCAUUCGAUGAGAGCAAACGACUACCAACAAUGUUAAAGGAAACUACGGAAUAUUUGGAAAACAAGAGACUAGAAAAUUCUGAAAAUACAUACGAAAUUAUCAUCGUAGACGACGGUAGCCGUGAUAACACAGUAGAAGUUGCUCUUGAAUUUGCAAAAGAGUCUAACCCUGAAAAUAUCCGAAUACUCGUGCUGGAAAAGAACAGAGGAAAGGGUGGAGCCGUAACUCAAGGUGUGCUAUGUGCUAGAGGCGAGCGUUGCUUGAUGGUGGAUGCUGAUGGUGCUACUCGGUUUUCCGAUCUGGAAAAACUUCAGGAUGCGUUGGAUAAUGAGGCUAAGAAUGGGCGAGGUGUAGCGGUUGGAUCAAGAUCCCAUUUAGUGACAACUGAGGCCGUUGUAAAGCGAUCAUUUAUUCGUAACUUCUUGAUGCGAGGUUUCCACACGUUGGUAUAUGUGCUUGGCAUUCGUGGUAUAGACGACACUCAAUGCGGGUUUAAAUUAUUUACCCGUGGAGCGGCACAGAUAAUAUUCCCUAAUAUGCACGUUGAACGAUGGAUAUUCGACAUUGAGUGUCUUAUGAUUGCACAACAACAAAAUAUCCCAAUUAUUGAAGUACAAGUUAACUGGCAUGAAAUUGAUGGAAGUAAAGUCAAUUUAAUGGUAGAUUCGGUCCAAAUGGCAAAAGAUCUCUUGUUGAUUCGUCUCAAUUAUCUCCUUGGUCUAUGGACUGUGGAUACAAAUACAGCAAAGAAAAUACAAUAAAUACGUUAUAACAAUUC